GUUACCCCCAUUUGACCUUUUUGGUACUUACUAUCGCUUUCAUGUUGAAGCGCAAGAACUCGGAUUAUGACGCAUCUGAUUCGUCGAUUUUUGGUGAUGUUCCAGCGCGGAUGACAUCGGUCAAGCGCAAGCGCCUCUUUCGACCUAAGAACAGCGAUAGACAACAGUGGGCGCCGCAGCAACACAUCAAUAUGAGCGAGCUGCUAGAGUUUGUUCUGCAGCACGAGGAAGCUUUCAAGAACCAACAGCGCCUUGCAUCGCUGUAUGCAGACUUCCGGCAGCAGCUCGAGAUCAAUCCAGAUGGCUACCAUGCCAACAUUGCAGCUUGGACCAAAGCGCUGACUGAUGCUGCGCGAGCGGGCGUCAUACCCACCCAAGGAACCACCCAUGAUCUACUCAACAUACGGACCGCAGACGACCUUGGGCGAGCGCUGCAACAUCCACAGUAUGGGAAGCCAACAUGUCUGCCUGCUGUGUUCCACGAGGCGGUGCAGAAGAAGGAAAUGAUACUCCUGAAAGACUUCCUGAAUUCGAAGACCAGCAUAUACAAGACGUCGUGGAUACCGACGCCAUGGUCGGCCCUGCAGUGGAGUCUGCGAACAGUCGGUGUGCUGGGAAAGGCUGCUCCGCCAGAUAAGCUUGCAGUCAAAAACUACGUCGUACUGAAGAAUGUCGAGAUAGCCGGCGACGAGAUCCUCAAGAAGAUGAAGGAGCACACAUCGACUGCAGACCGGGUCCUGUCAAGACGAGACUUCCUCAAACGCUUCUCGCAUACGCUCAAUCCCGCUGCGCCGCUUACGAACAACGACCUCAACAUCAUCCUCGUCUACCUCGCCCGAGACAAGCAAGCGAUAUCCUACGAUUCACAAACAAUCAAGUUCAAGCCCGAGCACGAGGCCCAACCCCUCCCCAUCACCGAAGAAGACGCUGCAAUCGCAGGUCUGCGCGACACACUUGCAGACAUCAACUCCCAGAUACAACCACUUAUGGAGAAGAUCGCCUCUGCCGAUGCCGCAGCCCGCGAAGCGGUUGCCGGAAAGCAGAUGGUCCGCGCCAAAGCCGCCUUACGCUCCAAGAAGCUCGCCGAAGCAGCACUCGCACAGCGCUCCGACGUUGCUCUGCAGCUGGAAGGCGUGUACACACAGCUCCAGCAAGCAGCCGACCAGGUUGAGAUCGUGGAGGCUAUGCGCGCAGGCGCCGCGGCGCUGAAGGGUCUGAAUGAGAAGGUUGGUGGUGCGGAAGGCGUACAGGGUGUUGUGGAUGCAGUCAAUGAGCAGAUGGCUACUACCGAGGAGAUCUCCAAUAUCAUUAACGAGACAGAUACUACAGUGGAUGAGGUGGAUAUUGAGGACGAGCUCGAGACGUUGGAAAGAGCAGAGCAGGAGAAAAAGGAGCAAGAAGAAGCGGCCAAGACCGCGGCGAAGCUCGCAGAGCUCGAGGAGGCGGAGAGGAAGCAGAAGGAGCAGCAAGCGAAGGAAGCUGCAGCUGCACAGGAGAAGCAGUCGGAGGAUGACAUGGUCGAGGAGAAGGUCGAACAGGCUUCUCAGGGCAUUGCGAAGAUGUCGUUCCAGCAACAAGACGAGCAAACAGCGGAUGCUGGGAAGGAACGCGUGCCUGCCUACGCUUAAGGCUUGACUGCAUCACUACCCAUUUUCGUUUCAUCCAUUUCGCAUAGCUUUGGCGUUCAGGCAUGCACGAUACUACAUAGAUGAUGGCACCACAUGCAUUGCAAAU